GCAUCUUUUCAAAAAACAAUCUCCAUCCGAGAUUCUGAGUAACCUGACAGCAAACACCCAAACCCAAAAUCCGCUCACCUUUCUUUCACUGAAAGCCAAAAUUCAAAUUAAACGUAGCACGCCACUUCUCCAUUACUUGCGAGCUCAUAUACGUCUACGGGUACAUCUAUCUGCGGAUUUUGGAGGCAUUGGAACCGGUGAGUGAUGGCUUUGCUUCGCAAACUGUUUUACAAGAAGCCGCCGGAUGGUCUUCUUGAGAUCUGUGAGCGAGUUUACGCUUUUGAUUGCUGCUUCACUACUGAUGCAUGGGAAGAAGAAAAUUACAAGGACUAUAUUGGAGGAAUAGUUGGUCAACUUAAAGAACACUUACCUGAUGCUUCAUUUCUGGUGUUCAAUUUCCGUGAGGGUGAGAGACAAAGCGAGCUGGCAAAUAUCUUGUCUGAAUACGAUAUGACCAUAAUGGAUUACCCUCGGCACUAUGAGGGUUGCCCCUUGCUUACAAUGGAAAUGCUCCAUCAUUUCCUAAGAUCAUGUGAAAGUUGGCUCUCGCUCGGGCAGCAUAAUGUUCUAAUAAUGCAUUGCGAGCGGGGUGGAUGGCCAAUUUUGGCAUUCAUGCUAGCUGCACUCUUGAUUUACAGGAGGCUUUACAAUGGAGAGCAGAAGACCUUGGACAUGAUCUACAGGCAGGCUCCCCGUGAGCUUUUGCACUUGCUGACCCCAUUGAAUCCUAUUCCAUCGCAACUGAGGUAUCUACAGUAUGUCUCAAGGAGAAAUGUGCCCUCCGAAUGGCCUCCAUUGGAUCGAGCGCUCACAUUGGACUGUAUCAUUUUAAGAUUUAUUCCUAAUUUUGAUGGAGAGGGUGGCUGCCGUCCUCUAUUCCGUAUAUAUGGACAAGAUCCUUUUCUUGUUUCAGAUAAAACUACCAAAGUGUUAUACUCGACUCCAAAGAGAAGCAAAGCUGUCCGCACUUAUAAGCAGGCAGAAUGUGAAUUAGCUAAAUUUGAUGUCGAUUGCCAUAUCCAAGGUGAUGUCGUACUUGAGUGUAUCAGCUUAAAUGAUGACAUGGAACGAGAAGAGAUGAUGUUCCGAGUCAUGUUCAACACAGCAUUUAUUAGGUCUAACAUCUUAAUCCUUAAUCGUGAUGAGAUAGACACGCUGUGGGAUACUAAGGAUCAAUUUUCAAAGGUCUUCAGGCUAGAGAUUCUUUUCUCAGACAUGGAUGCUGCUGCUGCUGUUGUUGAGGUUGAUUUUUCCCGCUUCGAGGACGAGGGCCUUCCGGUGGAAGCAUUUGCUAAAGUUCAUGAGAUCUUUAAUUAUAUUGACUGGUUAGAUCCCAAGGCAGAUGCUGCACUUAAUGUGCUUCAGCAGAUAGGAGCAGCAAAUAUUGUUCAAGAAAUAUCAGAAGCUGAUUCUCGUCAGAGCUUGGAAAUGGGCCUGCUACUAAGUCCUAGGAGGAGAGGGGACAACAAAAAGCAUGGCAGAAGGAGCUCUCUAUCCUCGCUUCAAAUGAUUCAGGCUGCCUCUUUACCAAAAUCAUCUUCAGAAGCAGAUGCAAGGAAAGUGGCCGACUCAAUGGCAAGUGCUGAGAUCUCUAAUUGGAAAACCACAUCUCCAGCUAUCUCAGAUCUCGUUGUGGAGUCCAAAAUGGCCUCAAUUGCGUCGCCAACACCUCCUCUGGUGCAACCUUCCAAGACUUCUUCCACGAAACUUCUUACUCCUCCUCCACCACCACCUCCUCUGCCACCACCUUCUCAUCCUUUGACUUCGGAUCCAACUCCUGCUGACAAGGAGACUGAAAGCUCUUCGGAGGACAGAGCUUCUUCUGUUGCUUCAUCUCGUUUACCAACUAUCAUUCAACCUUCUCCAGAACACCUUCCUCCUUCUCUACCACCUUUGAACGAGAAUCAAUCUAUUAGGGCUGGACCUCCUCUACCCCCUCCACCACCGCCACUUUUGAACGGGAAUCCAUCUAUUAGAGCUGGACCUCCUCCACCCCCUCCUCCUCCACCGCCAACUUUGAACAAGAAUACAUAUAUUAGAGCUGGACCUCCUCCACCCCCUCCCCCUCCACCACCACCUUUGAACGAGAAUCCAUCUAUUAGAGCUGGACCGCCUCCACCCCCUCCCCCUCCCCCUCCACCACCACCUUUUAACGAUAAUCCAUCUAUUAGAGCUGGACCGCCUCCACCCCCUCCCCCUCCACCUCCACCGCCACCUUUGAACGAGAAUCCAUCUAUUAGAGCUGGACCGCCUCCACCCCCUCCCCCUCCACCUCCACCGCAACCUUUGAACGAGAAUCCAUCUGUUAGAGCUGGACUGCCUCCAUCCCCUCCCCCUCCCCCUCCUCCUCCCCCUCCACCUCCACCACCACCUUUGAACAAGAAUUCAUCUAUUAGAGCUGGACCUCCUCCACCCCCUCCCCCUCCUUUUAAGCAUAAUCCAGCUGCCAGUGUUGUGACUCCACCAAUGCCACCUCUUAGUGGGAACAUGGUUAUUAGAGCUGGACCUCCUCCACCUCCACCACCUCCUUUUAGCUCUGGGAAACCUUCUGCUAUAAAUUCAUCUUCAGCACCACCACCGCCUCCACCAGUGCCAAGACCAUCGUCAGCUUCAUCUCAUGUCCCUUCUGCACCCCCUCCUCCUGUUCCUACAAAAGGGAUUUCAAGCAAAGAUGCUCGAUCACCAUCUCCUGCACCACCAUCCAUGCCUAGUGCAAAGGGGCGUUUGUCACGAACUUUAAGUUCAAGGACUAGUCAUGCCAAGAAACUGAAGCCAUUGCAUUGGUUGAAGUUAUCAAGAGCUGUGCAAGGAAGCUUGUGGGCUGACGAACAGAAGUCUGGUGAAGCUUCCAAGGCCCCAGAAAUUGACAUGUCAGAGCUUGAGAGUCUUUUCUCAGCAGCAGUUCCAAAUUCAGAUCAUGCAGGGAAAUCAAGUUUGCGAACGUCACAUGCGCCUAAAUCUGACAGAGUGCAACUGAUUGACCACAGGCGAGCAUAUAAUUGCGAAAUAAUGCUUUCAAAAGUGAAAGUUCCAUUGCAUGAAUUAAUGAGUUCAGUGCUUGUCCUGGAGGAUUCAGCGUUAGAUGUUGAUCAGGUUGACAAUCUCAUAAAGUUUUGUCCAACAAAAGAGGAGAUGGAACUGCUUAAGGGCUAUCAUGGAGACAAGGAAAAGUUGGGAAAAUGCGAACAGUUUUUCUUGGAGCUGAUGAGAGUUCCCAGAGUAGAAUCCAAGCUCAGAGUUUUCUCAUUUAAGAUGCAGUUUCGUUCCCAGGUUCGUGACCUUAGAAAUAGCCUGAAUAUUGUAAACUCUGCAGCAGAAGAGAUAAAGAACUCUGCCAAAUUGAAGAAAGUCAUGCAGACAAUCCUAUCGCUAGGAAAUGCUUUGAACCAGGGAACCGCUAGGGGCUCUGCUAUUGGAUUUAGGUUGGAUAGCCUUCUUAAACUCACUGAGACACGAGCACGGGACAAUAAGAUGACUCUCAUGCAUUAUCUUUGUAAGGUUAUUGCUGACAAACUGCCAGAACUUCUAGAUUUCUCAAAAGGCCUCACCAGUUUGGAACCUUCGUCAAAGAUACAACUGAAAUUUUUGGCAGAGGAAAUGCAAGCCAUAAGCAAAGGACUAGAAAAAGUGGUGCAGGAAUUGUCCACAUCUGAGAAUGAUGGGCCCAUAUCAGAAAACUUCAGUAAGGCUUUAAAGGAAUUCCUUUGCUUUGCUGAAGCUGAAGUAAGGACCUUGGCUUCACUGUAUUCUGGGGUGGGCAGAAAUGUAGAUGCAUUGAUUGUCUACUUUGGGGAAGAUCCAGCUCGCUGUACGUUUGAACAAGUUAUUUCCACUCUGCUCAAUUUUGUGAGAAUGUUCGCUAAAGCCCACGAGGACAACUGCAAGCAGCUUGAGUUAGAGAUGAAGAAAUCAGCAGAAAGUGAUAGGAUGAAGACUGGUGCUUCACAUAAGGAGUUUGAGCGCUUGUUGCAUACUCGAAUCCAGAGUGGCAACGUCAAAUGAUCGAAGAGACAUAAAAUGCAUCCCCUUGUCUGGAUAAAAACGAAAAUAUUGUGGAGCAGCCAAAUUUAGUGAGAUGAAGCAUGAAGGAUCUUGUUGAUGUUGGGAGAAGAAAGUAAAUUUGGACUGUAGGUUAAAUCUGAAAUAUUUAGGUAUAGCAUGAGACUGACAGAGGUUAAAUUAGCUUCCAAAAGGUGAGCCUCAUUUAACCUAUCCGCUAUACCUGUCUUAUGUUAGAUGAACCAGUUUCCACUUCUUUUUUGAGUAAGUAUUCCGUUCUAUGCAUUAUCAAUUUGAUUUAUUCCUCUUUGGCAGCUAGUAGGCAACCAUUCUUCUUCUUCUCCUUUUUUCUCAUUAUAUAACUUGUAAAUAGUUGACAGAAUAUAUCUAAGUAAUUUUACACAGACGCGGGAUCGCAGCUUUUUUUCCCCUUGAACUUCUGUUCCUUCAACUUUCAUAUUGCUUUCAAUUUGUUUCAGUAUGUAUCAUAAACUCAGGCAGCAAGACGUUUACGUACUU